AGCUUUUUUUCUCGGUGUAAAAGUCACAAAAGAAGAGAGAUAAUGUUCCCUGUUUAAAAAUGUUAAACAUGAUAUCAAAGGCUGUCGGAUUCAGUCGUGCUUCAGUUGAAUCUCAUCUCUUGACCGAACCAGUCAAUCUUCCCCAGAAGUGCUUCAGCUCAGAAUAUAGUCUGGAAUCCGGAGGAUGAUAUAGUGAAUUUUCAGUUGAGAUAAAAGUGAAAAAUAAAAGUGUAAAUUGCCAAUAUGUCUUCAGUGCCGGAUAAGAUUCUUUCUUUGGAAAAGAAGGUGACAAUUAAGAGAUCUAGCUCAUUCCAGCGUCUCAAAUGCUCAGCAGUUCUUCAAUUUCAAGUUGCUGGUUCAAAAUUCAAGAGAGAAGCUCUAAGGACACUCUUGGAGAAUCUAAUUAACUACUCAAGAGAGGUCCUCCAGAAGACCUAUCACACCCUCUCAACACAGGCCUUUAAACUCAUCUGUGGGGUAGUUGUCUGGAUUCUAGACACUUUUGUAAAGCAUCUCAACCUUCAGGUUUCCGAUGGUGUCCUCGUGAAUUGGUUGCUUCAACAGAGCAGAGCAGAGGGUGCGGAUGAAAUAUUGAGGAGGCCUGCGGUGCAACCACCUCUGGGGGAGCCUCCAGCUUUGGCAGAUGAAUUGGAUGCCAACUUGAGGCACUUCUUGCCACAGAAAGCAUCAAAAACCGAGCCAAGAGACACCAAAUCCACUCCAACGUUGAAGGGGGUGAUUUAUGGUGGUAUUGCACUUGCCUGCCUCGAAUUCUUGACACUCAUCCUUCUUCUCAGAACAUCCCAAAUCCCACUGGGACUCCUUUUUCAGCUCUCCUGCGUCACACUCAUCGGAAGUCUCCUUCUUAUGAUUUCCACAAAAACCUCUACAGUUGAUCUGAGAUCAAAGGCUCUGGCCAAAUUUGUACCACAGAGACUGAUGCAGGAGAAUCCAGGCAAAAAAUACAUCAGAUUGAGUCGAACACGAACGAAGACGUACUUGAAUUUUACUGAUAAGUCAUUAAGUAAGAUUAAAUUGCUCUGAAAAAUUUCUUUUAUUUUCAAUAUAAAUUAUUGCUCUGCAUUUUUAUUA